UUUAUAUUAUUUUAUUAAAUAUAAAUAAAUUAUUUAUUAUUGAUAAUUAUAAGUGUGUGUUAAAAUUCUAAACAAUUUUUUUAAUAGUUUUCAUUCAUUUUUCAUAGUUAAUCUUUUUAAAAUUUAGUUAAUAAAAAAAAAAUUUUUUGAUGUGACUGACUCAAGGUACUAUGAAAUUAUAAACCAGUGGCGUACUAAAUUAAAAAGGAUAAAAAAUAUGGCAUCACAAAUAAGCAAUACCUUUCGUAAAGUGUUUCCAACUGUAAGUAAGGAAACAUUACAAUGGUUUCCAGGUCAUAUGGGUAAAGGGCUUAAACAAAUGCAAGAAAAGUUAAAAUUAAUUGAUUGUGUGAUUGAGGUUCAUGAUGCUAGAAUACCAAUAUCUGGACGAAACAUGAAUUUUAAAAAUACAUUAAGUGGAAUAAAACCACACAUUUUAGUUUUAAAUAAACGGGACUUAAUUGAUAAAAAACUUGAGAAUAAAAUCAGUGAUGUUUAUCAACAACAGCAUCAAAUUCGUAAUGUUGUUUUUACGAAUUGUAAAAAUCAAAAAUGUACUGGUAUACGAAAGAUUAUACCGCUAGCUCAAGAAUUAAUUUCAAAUAGUUAUCGAUUUAAUCGAAGUGAGGAUCGAGAUUUUUGUAUAAUGAUUAUAGGUGUACCAAAUGUAGGAAAAUCAUCUUUAGUUAAUAUUUUACGAAAUCGUCAUCUACAUAAAUCGGGAGUAUCACAUGUGGGUGCCGCUCCAGGUAUUACACGCAGUGUAUUAAACAAAAUCAAAAUCAGUCAAGAUCCAUUAAUAUAUUUAGUUGAUACGCCGGGUAUAUUGACACCAAGCGUUGCAAAUAUUGAAACCGGUUUAAAGUUAGCAUUAUGUGCAUGUUUGCAAGAUCAUCUAGUUGGUCCAGACGUAAUCGCUGAUUAUCUAUUAUUUUGGAUGAAUCGUGAAAAUAAUUUUAAUUAUGUGAAAUAUUUAGAUUUGAAUUCACCUACAGAUACAAUAACGGAAGUGCUCUCAACAAUUGCUGUGAAAUUAAAUAAAGUGAAGAAAAUUAAAAAUUACAAUGGUGACUAUGUAUUAAAACCCGACUUUGAAGAAGCUGCUCUACACUUUAUUAGAGCUUUCCGUAAUGGAGAACUUGGAAAAUUGUGUUUAGAUAAAGAUAUAUUAUAAUUUG